AACAGAGCAAGACUUAGGUGUUUCCUGUCUAUGAAGUGGUGCAGUUUAUCUUUAAGGAGGCUAGAGAAAUAAGAAAUGAGUCUCACGUUGCAUGGGUGACAUCACUGGCUUUUGGCUCAGUGCUCUGUAUUCUCUGUCUGUAGGCUUUAGCCAAGGCUGCAGGGCUCAGUGUUUGAACAAGGAAUGAUUCCCAGGUGUACAGAAGAUUGGAUUCGCUCUUAUUUGGGUUGAAAACGGUGAAAUGAGAUUUCUAAAGCUCGCCGACUCCAGCUCGCCUUCUGUUGCUCCCGAUCUCGGCGAGAUGGGUGAGUUACUCCCGUUAGAAAAGAAGGGAAUGGAAUUUUAAGGAAAAAAAAUGUCUGAAUAUCUAACUGCUGAUGCUGGGGAUAGGAAUCGCAUGAAGCUGCUGAGCUAGAGAUCUUGGCUCCUGUGUGGAGAUCAGGCCAUAUGUCAGAGAAAUGGUGCAGAUCGAAAGCUGUUGACAACUGUUAGAGGCUGUUUUCCUUCCCACCCCUUUAGGUUGGUUGUUUUUCCCCUACCAUCCUUUUAAUCAGCUGUAGCCCUGCCUGCCUGCCUGCAUUUUGCAGAUGGGAAACGUGCCUGUGUAUUAGGAAAACCUAGCCCAGCGAAUUGAAGCCCCGGUGGAAAAGGGCGCUUUGCAACAACAGGAGGGGAACGCGGGCGGGAAAAGGCUGGGGGUCUAGGACUGGUUUCAUGGCUGCCUGAAGGAAGCUGGCACGGUCCAUGGUGCUGAAUCCGGCAUCCUCUUCCAGCCCCCACCCUCCAGCCGCCUCACGCUGAGUCCCGGGCACCGGCGGGGCGGCUGCGCUACUGUAGAUGAGCAAGCAGAAGCCCGGUGCGGUGGGUGAGUCGCUGCUCUCCAGCUUCAGCCAGCCAAGGGAAGAAACUGAUCCAUUACGUUGCCUUGAUGACAGCACCACCGACAACAAAACAAACCCAGUGAAUGGCGAGGCUGGGACAGAGGCGGAGGUGGUUUUGAAACAAAGAUGUCCCUGGCUGCACACCUCCAUGGAGUCUGCUAAUGGAAAGACGCCUGCGAGCGUGGAUCGCUAAUUAGGAGUGGAGGGAUCCCCCACCUUCCCCGACCAGGGAUUGAAAUUAAAACAACACAUUUCUUUUCCAUCCCCCCUUCCCGACCCUAACCAUCCAGCCAACCAGCUGAUGUGCUUGUCGGGCUACUGACAAAGAAAAGCCAAGUCAUUGAUUCUUGCAACCAGGAUAGCUGUGGCUGCUGCUUGACAUCCGAAGAUUUCCAGCCGUUGAACUUUUCUCUUCUGCCCUGUGCUCUUGGGAUGUUGCAGGUCACACGCUGCUAUUAAAGGGACCCUUCUGUCUUCGUCAGCUGGCCAGAGCGAAGGAGCUUGGUGGACUGAUCUUACGGCUAGAGCAGGACACUGCAAGGGAAGAGUCCUUGCCCUGACCCACAGACCGCGGGGGGCACACACCUCUGUACAGGCACUCUUCUGUUUUUAAGUGGGAGGCUCAGAUUUCCUCGCCGGGUCUGCACUUGGCAUGCUCUGCGCUGGCAGAGGGGGGCCAUAAGAGAAGCGGGUGAGCGGCCAGGAUUGCCUGCAGGGCCGGCCAGAACUUCGCAGAGCUUUUCCAGGCUCCAGCGGCUUGGAUGGGAACCCGCCCGAGUUGUUGACAUUGAAGGCAGACGCGCUGUCAAGGGACUCCCAGCGGCUGCUCCUGGAGGUUUCCGCUGGGUCUCGCGUGGAAGGGCUUUGCCUGUUGUGAAGAUGUCCAUGGUGUUGCUGUGAAGCUGAGGCAUGGCUGCGGGAAGGUUACUGCUCUAUGCUGGCCUCUCUCUAGCUUUGUGUGCCCUGGGCAUGCUGGCUGUGGCGAUCUGCUCCGACCACUGGUAUGAAACGGACGCCAGGAAGCACAGAGAGAGGUGCAAAAGCUUCACCACCAGGAGAAACGACCCCGGCUUCAUUUACAACUCCAACAACAACCUGCCUCUGCGGGCCAGCAGAUCUAGGUUGGACCGCUGGGAAGGGAAACUCCUCUUGGCAAGGAACAGGAGGCAGCUCUUUGCUAUGAGCGCCGCCGAUGAGUGCAACAGACAGUACAACUCCACCAACAUGGGGCUCUGGAGGAAAUGCCACAGACUGGGCUUCGACCAAGAGCUGGAGGAGCUGAUCGCCAAAGGAGCAAUUGAUCAGUGCACAUACAUCAAGUACCACUACUCCUCAGCAACAAUUCCCAAGAACCUCACCUACAACAUCACCAAGACAAUCCGCCAGGAUGAGUGGCAUGCCUUGCACCUGCGUAGGAUGACAGCUGGCUUUAUGGGCAUGGCUGUGGCCAUCAUCCUCUUUGGAUGGAUUAUCGGGGUGCUGGGGUGCUGCUGGGAUCGAGGCCUUAUGCAGUAUGUAGCAGGGCUUCUCUUCCUCAUGGGAGGUACCUUCUGCAUCAUUUCACUGUGCACAUGCGUGGCUGGAAUCAACUUCGAGCUCUCCCGCUACCCCCGCUACCUGUAUGGACUUCCUGAUGACAUCAGUCAUGGCUACGGCUGGUCCAUGUUCUGUGCGUGGGGAGGCCUGGGCCUCACUCUUAUAUCUGGCUUCUUCUGCACCCUGGCCCCUUCUGUCCAACCUGUCCCCAGGACCAACUGCCCCAAAUCCAGACCUGAGAAUGGGACAGUGUGCUAAAAUAAAUAAAUAAAAAACAAAUGUGUGUGUGUGUGUGUGUGUGUGUAUAUAUAUGUAUACACAUACAUACAGCUAUAUUUAUCUCAAACUGAUGCCAGUGCCAAGGUAGAGCUCAGUUCAACAAGGCACCUGCAUCUCCAGAGGACUUUCUGUUGCUUCGUUCUUUCUCACAGAGAUGGGAAAGCUUUUCUAUAACAUGGCUCUUCCAUCUAACUCUUAACUUCAGUGUCAUAAUGUAAAGGUCAAGUGAAAAUACUGUUGCAUCUAUCUACUGCCACCUGGGGUGGGUGGGGAAGCAGGUUAUAUGGAGGAUGUGAAACCUGAGUCUGUACAGGACAUGGGGAACCAAAAACUAUCAACUGCAAGGCAAGAGGAGAAUACAAGCGACAAGCAAAGAAACAAAUCAACCAUUUGAGUCACCUCUAGAAUGUAACCUCCUCGAGGCCAUUUUCAAACCCCUACCACCUUUAAAAAAAACAAACCCAUCGUUAUUUUUCUUCCUGCCUAAAAAUAGAGGACAAAAUUGACAGACCAUUGGGGGGGGGGCGGGGGAAAGCAUUUUCUCUUUGCCUGCCAAACUUUAAAAAAAAUAAACAAAUAAAAUAAAUAUGGAACAACAAACAAACAAAGAAGAAAAAAACCAUGAGGACAUUUCAGUGGAUGUUCUAACAAUGCCGUUUUAAUCUUCCAGCUGCCUUACAUCCAGGCUUAACACGGAGGCUGAACUGCUAACAGAGACGCAGUGGGGGGCCUUUUGAAAAUGCUGUGAUACAUGUGUUUAUAACUCUAUUUUCCCUUUUUUUUAAAAAAAAAAAAAAAGAAAAGAAAAGAAAAAUUUAAAAACAUUGAAAUGUGAUCGUCUGUAAUCCAUCCAUGCUGUGUUUGUAGCCCAAGAAAGAGGCAUCAAGACUGCAGAAGUGCGAGGGAAGGCACGAGUUCUGAAACAGCCUGUCUCCUUCGCUGGAGGUUUUGUUUUUUUAACAGAACAAUGGAAAAUUCAGGAUGGUGGAUACCAGGAAAGAACCAUCCAGGGAAAGGGAGCGGGGGAGUCCUUGCAGUUGAUUUUCCUGAAUAUUUAUUUGAGUGGGAUUUGUUUUAUUUUCCAUUUUGGAAAUUAAAGACCACUGGGCAAAAGCCAUUGCAGAGGAGAAAAGGGGGACAAGUUUUUGUAAGGGAGAAAUAAGUGGUGCCUCUUGCUGUGUCCAGGUAUGCCAAAUAAGACCUUCCCACAUCUUGUCAUUGGAAACUGCCCCAUUUCACUGGACAAUCUCUUCUUUCCAUUUGGGAGAACACUCUAUACAGAUGGAAUAGAAUGGGUCAGAUGCAGAGAAUGAAAAUCCAUUCCACAUGAGCUCAAGUCCUGUAUGAUAUAGUUGUGAAUCCACAAUUAGAAUUCUCUCUCUUUUUCUGUGUGUGUCUCUCUCUCUUUUUCCUGCUUCUGCCCUAUCUGCCAUCCCCUUUCUACUCUGCUCCUCUCAUUGUGCAGCUCAUAGAUCCCAGAACAGCUAAUUUAGCAGCUAAAACCCAACUGGGGAGGAAUAAGUCAUCCAGGGAAGCUAAAUUUCACCUGAAAAUCUAGUCGUUCCUGCUGUGGAAGGUGUGGCUGGCAGGAAAUGCAGGAGAGAAGGCACCAAUGGAGUAACUGAAGUUGAGUCAGAGGAUGCUCUUACUGAAUAGCCAUGUGAAGGAGUGUAGAGAAUCACUCCCUUGAGGCAUCUACUGACAAAUGUGCAGGGAGGGGAGAAGGGGUGUGAAAAAAAAGUUGUUAAUUUAAGACCAAUCUCUGCAACUGUUUGUUACAUGAAUAGUUUGUUCACAUCACAUGUUCUAGUUGGUCGAUAGAUAACAAAUAUCCAGGGCAUCUAAACAAAAACAAUUGGCAGAAGAGGCAAUCAAUUUGAAACAGAAUUUGCUCCAGAAAAAAAAAGGACGUGUUGACUUCCAGGUCUACAGUGCUGGGGGGGAGACAGUGUUUUGCCUACUUUUUAAAAAAAAUAGUCAUUCUCAUACAAUAUGAUUAUAGAGACAUUGUCAGUCGUUCCCUGCACGUUCUUUCCUUUCCCUUCCCAUGAGUCUUUUUGUUGUUUUUGUUUUAUUAAUCUAGCCCAAAGAAGUGAAGACUCUUGGGGGCAUGUCACAGUAGGAUUGAUUUGUUUAUCUUUUAUUCUCACUAAGCUGCUUGGUUUUUUGUUAGCUUGAUUUGCCUUUUACGUAUUCCACAAUCAAGCAAAUCCAAGCUGCCAAAUGAGAGUGUUCACACUAAAGUGCCACCUUCUGUAGGUGAGUUUUCGUUCAUUUCGCUUGCAAACGGAGCUGGUUGAAACGUUAAAAAAAAUUGAAAAGAGUUUUGUUGUCUAAAUGGACCAAUUUUUUGUUUUUUGGGUUUUUUUUUUAAAUUUUUAGCAAUUUUUAAAAAUUAAAGUGCUUUCAAAAAUCAUGUUUUUUUAAAUAAAACUGGUUGGUUUUCAAAAUUCCUACUAUAUGACUAAUCUGACUAAUUAACAUUGGUAAAAGGAAGAAAAAAUAAGAAAACAGAAAAUUAAAAAUAACUGAAAGCAAAAAAUAAUAAAUGGAAAACAAAAACAACCAUUGAAAAAAUGGAAAGUUUUUAGAAAAAAUGUUUGAAACAUAUUGGCAUUUUUGAGAAAACCAGUAUUUUUGUGAAAAAAUUCAUUUUUUAAAAAAAGACCACAUUUAAUUGAAACAAUUUUUGAACAAAACCUCUCCUCCACCUCUAUGGUGGUUAUGUUAGGAGAACCCUUAUAUGCAAGUACUUAUGUUUGAUGUGCCUUUGGGUAGGAUCAAAGCGCACAGAGAGUAUCUGCUCCACUCCACCAUCAGCUGUCGUGGCCUGGAAAGCACCACACAGCCGGUAUGAUCAGUGACCGCUCGUGGGUUCUUUUGUCAAUGGAUUUUCAAAAUAGGCGUAACAACAAAAUUUAAAGAGGCAGAAAUCAGUUCGACUGUUCUGUGAGCUCCUCAGUCUUUUCUUUCUUCCUGCACCUGGGAUAAAAAUAGCCCUGCCUUUAUGAUGAUGUACUUUGAAGCUGGCAAUUUACAAAAUGUAUGUGAGUUUGUGUAUAUGUGGGCGGGGUGGCGGGGGGGGGAGAUGGUGGUUACGUUCAUUUUGCUGUAAAAAAGAAGAGAAGUGUUAACUCUGGAGACUUGGCCCAGUUCUCUGAUUAUCUACUCACUAGCCUAUGCCUUCCAAGACCUGCCCUAGGGGUGGGUAAUAUAAGUGGGCACCCACUAUGUAAAAUAUUAUGUGGACAGCCAUUGAAGUGACAGGUGAAUAUUUAUCCUUAAUUGCUUAAUUUUUAGGGUGUGCCAAACUCUGGCUUAUAGAAGGAGCCAUUUGUCCAGAGGGCAGUUCUCCCACCCGCUUCCCCAAAAUCAGGACAGGAACCCUACGGAGUAUUUAGAAUUCCACUCAAUCCCAGGCACAGAGUGCAAGACACCUAAGUACUUAUUUAUAUAUUAUCAGGGAUCAGAGCCUUUGCCACGCUUUCUGUUGGCUCAGACUGGAAUUCUGAAUCUCCACAUGCCCAGUUUUUGGUCAAGGGUUGUUUUAAAAUCCACAUCUGAAGCCAGAUCCAAAUGUCGUGAUUACUGUCUAAUUCUAUAAUGGGCCAGAGCAGAACCCCCAAUUCUGAACCCACUCUGAAUUUUAGGAAAGCUUUGAAAUGUGUUCCUGAAACUACAUCCAGAUGUGACUCAGGCUCAUCUCUAGUUUCUAGGCUUCAGAGGUAGUUCUGAAUUGGUUGACAGUGAUCUCAGUUUUAAGGACCUGUGACUUGAUCCUGCCAUGUGCUGACCACUCUAGCCUAAUUCAGCAAAGCACUUAAGCAUGUGCUUAACUUUAAGCAUGUAAGUAAUGCCACUGACUCCUCACAUGCUUAAAGUUAAGCAUGUGUUCAAGUGCUUUGAUGUAUCAGAGCAUAGUGCUUAGUAUCUUGCAGGACUGAUCCCCAGUUCCUCUUUCCCCAUCUGCUCCCAUUGCUGAAGUGAUAUUCCUGUCCGUGCCUAAUAUAUUGUUGGGUAUUUGGAUUCUCUUACUGGAAGCUUGAUAACUGUGGAGUCCAAUAUUUGCCAGAGCUGUCUCACAAAUUGCCUUUCAUGUAUCACUUCUAAGACACGAAACGUAUAUGUUCCAGAGAUCCACAGAGGAACCUGCUUAAGUGAACCCAGACGUCAUGAAACUCCACUCAUUGUGAAGUAGAAUGAAUUGUUUCAAUGCACUGCAGUAUGCAAACUUCAGUUUUACUUAUAGUGGAUCUCCGAUUACUGUGUAGUGCAGUUGUUCUGUGGAUACAAUGAGGGUUCUCAUGUCCAUACAUACCCGGGGCAAUGUAUGUGUGAUUGUACUACAUGGCAGGAUUCCAUGUACUCUGUAUCCUAUGUACUGUAUAUGCCACUCUCUUAAAGCUAAAGCUGGUUGAGUGUUGAAAUACCAGACUCAUACCAGCCCAGCUGUAUAUAUUAUCCAUCUCUUCUCCCCUCCCAACCCCAUAUACACAACUGAUCUCCUCAUAUUUAGUAGUCUCAUAGUUAGUAUUUUAAAAACAUUUUUCAGGCAUAGCCCUCCAUGCCCUGAUCCUCAGCAGUUGCCCACACCCCCGCAGGUGAACAGAGCUAUUCAUGUUUUUGACAAGCAGUUUUGGACAGUGAAAAGUGACUCCAAGUACUCUGAGAGAUAAACCAAAUUCCUCUCAGUGGAAGUUCUUCACACUCCCAGCAGAGAGUCAUUAAAGAAUGCAAAUGUUCUCCUGAUUCACUCUUCAUACAAACAGUUUAGGGCCGGUUCUGGUUUUGACUUGUAAUCCCACUGGUACAUCAAGUGAUCAAUAGAAUAGGAGCCCUUAGUUAGGGUGAGGGCUGAUGGGCAGGGAAGAUCCUGUAUGUAUGUCCCAAGUGUUACUGAAAGACUGUCUUUAUGGCUGUCCUUCCCCAUUUUGCAGCACUUCUGAUCCUGGCUACACUAAUAAGUGUAGCUCAGAGGAAAAUUACUGUAAUCUCUCCUUAACUCUUGAGUGCUACGUGUGAAAUGGAGAGGAAAUAAUGAGUUAUCAACUGUAGAGCUUAAACAAAGACAUAUUAUUUGAGCUAUUUCUUCUUCUCUGUGCGUCUACAGCAGGCGUCGAGACACUAAAGAAACAAACACACACACACGACCAACACUGAUCUGUUUGUAGCCAAAUUGAAAACUCUUUCAUGUCCCAUGCCGUUUGCAUGCAGAAAAAUGCUCAUCCAUGCAGCGGAGGAAGGCUUGAGGUGAAAAACCUAAGACAGCUUUGGAAGAUUGCCAGACUCCACUGAAAGACAGAGAGUAGAAAAUGUCCAUGAAGCACAAACUGCAUAUAAAGGCUAGUGCUGGGUGAAUCUCCAAAGGUAAGGAGUCUAGUUUCAAACAAGGGACCUGAAGUUUGACUGCAAAAUCCAAACAAUCUGAGCCUCUUGAUUCUGCCAAACUAAGCUGGAAAUCUGAUGAGAACAGCCUUUGUCUCAAAAUUUCCAGCACUGCUGCUUCCAGUCCCAGACCCUGGGCCUGAUCCAAAGCCCACUGAAGUCAAUGACCCUGUUGACUUCAAUGAGCUUUGGCUUGUGCCACAUGAAAUCAACUUUUCUUGCAGUAUUUCAGCAUAGUCUUGGCCAGAGCUGAAAGUUCAAAUGCGUGUCCACACAUUUCAGAAAACUAAGUGUUUGGUGCUAGAAAGAGGCAAUGGUUCAGAAGUCUUUUUAUGUUUUCACUCUGUCCAUCUCCAGUAAACACACACACACUGCUAUUUCCCUCUUAGCCAUAGCUCUGGUGUCACUCCUGGCAACACUAUAAGGCAAGGAGUGUGCUCCUGCUGCCUCUGAUUAAUGGCGAAAUUCCUAUUGACAUCACUGGGACACAGGAUGGAGCCCAAUAUAGUAUAAUAAUAAUAAUUACAAUAUUCCCUGCAGGUAACAAGGAUCAACUUGGAGAACAGGGGCUAGGUGACUGCAUAGGUUUAAAUCUUGCACACAAUAAGCCACAGGGGCAAAUGCAUUUGUUGGUCUCAUCCUACGUUCCAUUAAAGCAUCUCUAAAUCACCACCAAGUUUAGUGCAAUUGUCCGUCCCUGCUCAGGAGAAGCCCAGGAUGGAAAUAACUGGGGAAGCUGUAGGUUACGUGCUCAGGAAGGGCCCAGAACAAGAAUAGCAGGGGUUGUUGAAGGUCAGAAUUGAUAAGUGUUGGCAGAGUUGUAUGGGGAAACGUAUGCCGUGCUUGCCAGCAGUCUCGCCAUCUCUGUAGCUUGUCUUAUGAGUCCCUUGCUUUCAGGAGCAGGAGCUUUUUUUUAACUGAUAAAACACCACUGCAGAGUGGUAGAAAACAACUUCAAUAGUUUCCAUGUGCAGUUUAUAUAUACAAGAGAUGUAUGUCCAUAUGUUGUAAAUAUGGAGUCUGUGUGUGCUGUAUAGAGACAAUACAUGGCAGGAGGCAGCAUACCUUUUUUCUAUCCUUUUGUACUUCAAUCAGGAGGUGCAAAGCAAUUCAAAUCUCACCUCUUGCUGUUUUAUACCCCUCCAUUCACAUGUGUGCACUGAUCAUGUACAGUGCCACCUGCUGAAGAGUAGUGAGGAAGCACGCAAAGCACAGUGGAAACAUUCAAGCUGCCUGCAAAUGGAACUGGGACCAUUUGUGAGUUCACCACUGUAGAGUGUUUGGAUACUAAAGAGCUGCCAGUGUUGAACUGAUCCUUUGUAACCUAAUCCCUGAGACUCAGAGACAGGACUCCUCCCUAUCACACCUCUGUGUCCAAUCAGUCCUGAGCUGUAAACAAUGCACCCAAAAAGUUCUGAUUUCCCCACAAGUCCCCACAGUCUUCCAGUGUCCCGAACACCACUGAUAACCCAGCCACAGCCACACAUGCUGUGUAUGGUACAGAAGAAAACUGCUCAGAGAGUCAGGUAAGGGGAACCAAUGUGAAGGUCAAAGGCCAGUCAGGAGGAUAGUCUUGAUGUUCACAGAAUCUCACUGAACUCUUUGCAACCAGCUGAUCCUGACUCAUCAGAGAUUUCCUAGGACUUAAAGGCUGAGGCAGAAAGCCAGUUUUGUUUUGCUUAAUUCAGAAGAAUGAUUCUGUCCAUGUCAGCUCCAAUCUGAAAAGUUUAUGAUCGCUUUAGGUGAAAAUCACUGUUGUUUGGAGGGGCACACCACACCUGUGCACCACUUGAGCAUCACUUCAGUCCUCAACAUGGGCAUAAGUUGGAUUUCAGUGGUGCAUAGGCCUGGGUCUCAUGAUGUCUUUCUGCCCAGGGUGAGUUACACCCCUCAAGAGCAUUGAGCAGCAACAGUAAGUGAUAGCGGAUCUCUCAAGCCAUUGAAAAGGCUUUUAAUGGAGAAGUAUGGUGACAAACUAUUUCUUUUAACAUGAUUUUGCUACAUUUUCACCUGGUCAGAAUUCUCAGCCAGGGAUAAUAACUCUACAGUCUACAGAUAAAGGGCAAAGCCUUCAAAGGCACCUAGGUGCAUUUGGAGCUUGUCAUAUUUUUAAAAGUGAUUUAGGCACUUAGGCGCUGAGGGUAUGUCUGCACUAGAGCUGGAAGGUGUACAUUCCAGCUGGAGGAGACAUAUCCGUGCUAGCACUGAUCAGGCUAGUGUGCUAAAAAUAGAAGUGUAGCCACAGUGCCAUGAGCAGCAGAAGGGCUGGUCUCCCUGAGUAGGUACCUUGAAUCUUGGGUGGGAUCGUACAUGGGACAGUUAGCGCCUUCUGCUGUUCACGCCGCAGUGGCUAGAUUCUAUUUUUAGUGCACUGGCUUGAUCUGAGCCAGUCCCAGUUUGUCUCCCCAAGCUGGAAUGUACACCACCCUGAGUCACACUGAGACUAAGACUCCCAAGUGGCUAAAUGACUUUUGAAAUGGGACCUUAGGCACCAAAAUUGCUUAAGUGCUUUUGACAUUUUUAUCUGAAAAGUCAAUUUUACCUGUCAAUAUAAGGCUGCAUUUUUAUCAGGGGUUUUGGGCAACAAUGUAGAUCAUAAGGGAAAAGAUCAAGUCAUCAGAACUACAAAGUAAAAAGUGCAGCUGUAGACUCAGUUCAGUUUGGGUGUAUUGAAUUAUUUAUAGCUCUUGGGCACCAACAACAAUCAUAGACACCUCAUUUAAACUCGUACUAAUUUUACUCCACAAUUUCCAUCACUUAAGUGUCUUUCUUCCUGUAUUUGUUCUUUGAUCUACAAACUUUUUCUCUUUGUUCUGGCAGCAACUUAAAUUAUUUUCAAAUGUUUUGAGGUCUAAAUGUGACAUACGUUGUAAAAUUCAAAGCUGUUAGAUAUACCCAAAGUGGGCCUGCACUUGCAUCCCUUACUCAGGCAGAACUUCCACUGAUUGGAAUCAAUGGGAGUCUUGCCUGAGAAAAGUCUGCGGGGUUGGGCCCUAUUAAAGUGUGUGUGUGUGUGUGUGUGUGUGUGUGUGUGUGUGUGUGUGAGAGAGAGAAAAAGAGAGAGUGUGUCAGAUGGGGAUUAUAUUUACAUAUGGGCCCACUUUAUGUAUCUAGUUCAUAGUAGAGAUUGGUUCAUCACUGCGUGGCUCCAGCUUCAACCAAUGGAGUUAUGCUGGUGUAUAGCUGGAGUAACACAGUGGUAAAUCUGAUCCAUAGAUAGAUACACAUAUACUUGUAUAUAUGUACAUAUAUGUAUAUAUGUAAAAUUAUGAACAAUGUCCAUAUAUUCAUGAUUGUCUGGAAUACCCUUAGAUUGAUGUACAGAAUUUUAGGCCAGGGCCUGUUUCUAUGUUGCAAUCCUUAUAUAUCUCAGAUUUAAAACAAAACAAAUUAGAAAAUGUGUUUCACAUUGAAUCCCUGAUCCUGCAACCGCAUGUAUGUGGGCAGGGUAUCACACUGAAGUCAGUGGCACACAUGGAUCCACUCACAGGAUCGGGGCCUACCUUUAGUAUUGUUGAAACUCAGUGGCAGCUCCCCUCCAGACAAACAAAAAAGAGCAAGCUGAUUGUUAAAGGGAGGGCUUGCCACCACUCCUAGAAGUGGAUUAUCAAACCUAUCAUUAGAGAUGAGCUCAGGUCACAAAAUUCUGAUCUGGAUCCAGAUUUAUAAGCUUGGAAGUGUCAAGAUGUGGGGUUGUAGUUCAGGCCCAUCUUUACUUGUAAUGCACCACACCUCCAACCCAGUUCUAGAACACCGCUGAACCUAUGCUAAUGAACAAACACAUGCCUGUCAUUAACUAAGCCACUCCAUGAAUACCUCUUUUGCUCCACCCACAAAAUGACCAGAAAAAGGACUUCCAUCUGCCAGUAAACAGACAUUUAAAACUUCCUCUUAAAGUCAUAUUUUUGGUGGCUUAAUAUUUCUUUUGAAUCCUAAAUAUAUUGUAUUACGAACAGCUCAUAUAGGAUAUUGUGGGUAGCCAGAUGUUGAAGGCAAGAGGGAUCUGUUCUCUCACUGAUGUGCACAGGAUGAGCUAUCCACAUUAAAAAAAAGCCCAUGAAUCAAUGGGAGAACAUUUAGUCAGGCAACUACUUGGACAAUGAUGCAGCCAGACUGAGGAUAUGCCCCAACUCAACUGCUUCCUGCCACCAUAUGGCAAUAGAGUCAAUCAAACAAAGAGAUCAGGCAUUGACAGGGGAGAAGAAUCAACAGUUUGAUCCAGUAUGACAACUCCUGUGCUCUGGCAUGCUUCAAAAACUUUGUUUUAUCUCAAUAAGACCCACACACUGUGUGGGGCUGGGAGAAUUAAACCGAGUUCCGAAAACUGCUGGAUAAAGUUAACUUUAGCUGAAGUGGCACUGCAUGGUCACUGCUAUCUGCACAGCUCAGUUCAGUCAGUCACUUGGUGAUUUUUACUCCCCCCUUCACCCUCACCAAUAAAGCAGUUAAAGACACUGUUAAGAUGGAGUUGGAGGAGCUUGGAUGGGUUGAAGUGACCUAUUUUGUAGCACAUCAAUAAUACUGUAGCAUUCCUGUGGGAGAAACUGUGGUAUUCAGUGGUAGCUGAAACUGUGAUUUCCAGGAGAUCGAAUGCCAUUCUUUCUUUCCCCUGUCCCCCAUCCCACCUUUUCCAUCCUGAUCUUCCUGCUAAGCCCUGCCUACUCUUUUUUUAGGGUCAGGUGUGGAGCUCUCUCUCUCUCUCUCUCUUCCUUCCUGUGCGUGAGCGUGUGGAAAUGUUUCAUGUAGAGAGAAGAGCUUUUUUCCAAUGAGUCCCAUUUUCAUACCAACACCUGAAGUGUGUGACUGUUUUGCUAUCUAAGAUGUCUGUAAAAAUGUAAAAAAAAAAACCAGAAGAAGAAAUAAAGGAUUAAAAAAUGAACUUGCGGGGGAGGGGAUUUGAACAGAAACUGAAUUUAAAGAUGCAGCAUCAGUUUUCUAAGGAACUUUUUGAGACCGUCCCUGAAAUCUCAUCAGUAUUCUCUCUCCCUCCCUUUGUAUCAGGGAUGGAGAUCUAGGAUAUUAAAAUCUCUGUGGUUGUUCUUCUCGCUGUAGAACUCUCUGAUUUCAGUGAAGGGUUUGCAUGUUUUUGAGACUAUUGCUGUCAAAGGAAACCCCAUUUUUAAAAGGAUGUAAAGUCAAUGUGAAUGUGACAUUAUAUAUUGUGGGGGAGUUAAAGAAGGGUGGUCCUUUCACCCAGUUUAUUUGCUUUUUCUGUUGCUAGUAGCAGCCCCCAGGUACCUGAUCAUUUGUGGCACCCUUCACCACUGCACUGACUUUUGCCAGAUUAUAGGCUUGCCGAGAGGGUUCGUCUCCAACCAGUAACCUCAGGAUAUAGCCAAACUAAGCCACAAAUCCGAAAGCUUUGAUUCUGGGUUGCCUUUCCACUUCCCCUUCAUAAGACAAUUCCUUCUCCUAAUAGAAGCCAUAAUCACUACUCUGACCCUGUGGCAAGGGUGUAUGGGCAGCCUGCCAUGAGAACACUACAUCACUUUGGUACCAGCUGCAAUCCCAUGUGAAGGUUAAAGCAUCACUAAGACUCCUAGUAUCCCUGAGAAGUGAAAAGCCCAACUUCACAGAUUCCCUGAGCCUUUGAGCCAACAGGCCAGGCCUCCUUCUCCUGGACCUGAUUGCCCACUGCUUCACACCUUGUGCAUUCAUUUUCCCACUGCUUCAUACCUUAUGCAUUCAUUUUCCCCUUCUCACAGGGUGCAAAACAGUUGUAUAACACUUCAAUUCAGAGCUGGGGGCAUUUUGCGCAAGGUACCAUGGGGACUGAGGCCCGCAAUGUUAAUCUUAUCCACCCACAAUACGUGACCUGCAGCUGCUCUGGAGGCAUUCUCCUGCUAGAGAUAACACAUGCCCUAGUCCCAUGCUGCACCAUUGACCAAAAGUUAUUCAGAAGGUUCCCUUCCCUUUCCCCCUUCUUCAUGUUCUCUCUGCUGUAAGGAGAGAACACCCUUGUGCUAUGAAGGAAGGAAGGAGUCCAACAGCCUCCCCCUGCUCUGGUUAGGAUCCAAUUGCUUUCACCCAACACUGCCACUAACAGCUUGAGAAGCUUAGCAUAACAAAUCAGUCAAAUGCCUGUGACCUGAUACAUUUCAGCACCUUUCCUAUGACAUUCUCAAGUAAAACGAUACAAGAGGCUGGUACAAGACAUUGGUCUUGUAGACACUGUGGGUCAGCCAAAUGUUUAAAGAGGCAUCACUAUGCUUCAUAUAAAUGCAGUGCACACAUAUUUAAAAUAUAGGUGACAAUGAACUUAUACACUAUGAAUCAAACACUGCAAGGCUGGAUGUAAAAGAUCUAAAAUGGCAUAUUAUUCCAAUACAUCAAAGAAAUGUAUUGCUAUGUAGCAUUUUAUCGAGCACUUUUCCUCUUCAAAGUGCUUUACAAAUAUUAAUUAAUCCACACCAUACCUGUGUGAGGCCGGUGAGUAUUGUUAUACACAUUUUACAGAUGGGGAAUUGAGGCAGAGAGUGUAAUUACCUGAUUUUCAGUGGUACUGCAGCCCCACAACUCCUAUUAACUGCAGUUCGCAUUUUAUGUGCUCAACACUUCUGAUAAUCCAGAUCAUAAGGGAUUUGUCCAGAUCUACACAGGGAGCCGGUGUGAACUCUGGGAUUAGAGCUCAGGAUUUCCUGGCUCCCAGUUCUGGGCUCUCAUCACCAGCAUAUCCUGUAAGGCCCUGAUCCAGCAAAGCACUUCAGCACCUGUCUAACUUUAAGCAUGUGAGUCCCAUUGAUGGGACUAUGCAUGUGCUUAAAUCCUUUUCUGGAGCAGGAUCUAAGUUAAAAUACACAAAACCAGAGCAUAUUUUGCAUAUGGAGAAGAUAUGUUCAUCUCUGAUUGUGUUUCAAGCAUUGUCAAAUACAUUUGAACUAUAUGUGCAGUUAACUUGGUAUGAAGUAACUCAGCCAUGUGGGACUUUUUUUAGUGAAUCAAAUACAAUUAUUCACUCCACCAGGCGCCAUACAGUUUGGUUUUAUUUGCAUAAUGAAAUCCCAUGGCGUGUCCUGCAUGGUUCUUACUUCUGUGCUGUCGCCAGAGACAGAGUGGGUCCUGUGGCUCAUUGGUGCUAAAAAUAAAAUGAAUAAAUAACUAUUAAGUUAGGUUGUUCUGAUAUGAUGUGAAUAAAUGUGUUGUUUCAUUUUACAAUUAAUGCUACAUCUUACCAAAUCUAUUGUACUGUCCAUUCCUUCUUGUCAAUAAUUACAGAAAAAGUGAGCAGAGCUAGUUUUUAAAAAAAAAUUGUUCUAUUUCAAGGCCCUGAUUCUGCAAACACUUAUGCAUGAGUAUAAGUGUUUGCAGGAUCAGGGCCUGAGAUAAUUUUAAUAGUGGGGCUGGGAGGUGGGGAAAUGAAAAUGAAAAUUGCCAAGUUCCUGUAACUUUGGAAUGACAAAGGACGCAGAGAACAUUGCCGGACUUUGCCGAAAAACUAGCUGCAUCUUGCAAUUUUCUUUUUUCAAUUGGCAGAAAAUACUGUAUUUCCAUCAAUUAAAAUCUUGUCUGGUUCUUAAUUAAACAACUUGUUCAUGGACAAUUAAAAUUAAAUAAGUAAACUGUCAAUUGUGGAAUGUAAACUGAUUAAACAAUUAAAUAAAAAAAAUCAUGCUGUGUGUUUGAA